AUAGGAAAAGAAAGUUUUAGCUUACCAAAAAUGAAACUCUCGCUGUGCCUUAUCCUGACCUCUGUGGCCUCCACGCUUCCUUCUAGUACAGCGUUUUCGGCAUCUAAGCUGCAAGCUAGAGCGGCGAACCAUCGUGCUUUGAAAACUAGCCGGAUUCCAUCCUCGUCCAGCCUCGAUGCGUUUCGAUUCGGGUCGGCAUCUGCAGUGGAAGAAUUGAGUGUGGAGUCAUCCGGUGACGAUCGGAUCAAUGAUUUGCUCGAUCCCCUGACCGAUGUGUUCGUUGCCACACUCCGUGUAGGGACCUGCGCCCUGAUGAUUCACCACGGAAUCGACAAGGUCCAGAACGUCGAGGGAUUUUCGGCAAAUGUUGUGGCCAAAUUCUUCGGCUUCCUCCCCGGAGAUCCGGCCUUUUGGACCCUCAGUGCCGCGGCCACCCAGAUCGGAGGCUCUGUCUUGCUGGCCCUCGGAGUCCUCGCCCGGCCCGUAGCUCUGAGCAUGUGUGCGACCAUGGCCACCGCAGUUGCAUUCCAUUUGCUCAACACCGGUGGGGAAGGCUUUCCACUGGCAGUGGUACCGCAACACUCCUACAACUACGAGCUGGCAGCGAUGUAUGUUGGGGUUUUGGCUUACUUUUCGGUGGCCGGAGCUGGGGCCUACUCUGUCGACGAGCAAAUCCUGGGCGGAGAACUGAACUUGUACCGUUCGCUCCUCCCGGGCAAGGAGACCAUUGGAAGCGAAGGAAUUGCGAACAGUGCUUCCAAGAAGAAGGCAAACAAGAACAGUCUCGAGGAUGCAUACGUGAAGAACAGUAAGGAGUUCAAGCUCCCUUGGUCAAAAUGAACAGGAAUUGUUGUUGAAUGCCUCUCCUGUAUAUCUCGUAAGUAAUUUGUACUUCCAAUAAUUGAAUCGGAAGUAAACGACGAUGAUAAUGUAUAUAAGAAAAUGCUUGACAGCUU